GCGAGCUUCGUCAUCAUGCAAUUUGGUCGCGUUGCAGAAGACGUAUUCACCAUGGACUACGCAUAUCCAAUGUGCGCCCUCCAAGCUUUCGGUAUUGCCUUAUCCUCCUUUGAUGGAAAACUCGCAUGCGAGUAGGAUCCAGUCACUUGGAGGCCUCCAAUUGCAUGAGUGCUCUGAUCCACACGAUAACGUUUCCAGCAGACCGAACAGCCAACCCACAGAGUUGUGGCGGCCACACUGUGAUCAUGUUAACAUGCAUUUUCUGAUUCCGCACUGGGUACAGUGUUCAAAGCAUUCCCCGUCCCUGACCGCGGUCUCCAACUCCAAGAAUACCAAAGCAUAUUCAAUAGGCGUUGUCUCCAUUGUAUAGUCCUUGUUGAUGUCAUCGUGCCUCCUGCGCCCAAUCAUCUAAUUACUCAUUUUGCUAUUCCGGUUGCACCACACCAAUGAUUCAACACGUCAUAUCAGUUUUCAUGAUGAAUACCAUCUCUCUAACCUGAAUGUUCCAUCUGUCACGUUACUUGAUCCACCACGUAUUCUACUA